AGAGUCAUAAUCUAGUAGGUCAAAAUUUCAAGGGCCCAAUGUUAUUUAUUCUAAAUUCUAAUCAUGAUCCAAAUUAAACGAACGAAAACUGAAAACGAUAAAAGCUCGAUUUCUAAAUUUUGUGAAAUUUCCAGUUUCUGUGCAAUUCCAUCAGCUUCUCCUUCCUCCCUCAAGGCCUCAAAAGAGAAAACAGGUUCAUGAGAAUGGCGAGCAGUACAGGUGGGAGCAGUACAGGAAAUACGGCGAAAGCAAUGGUGACUGAUCAGAUCUCUCAAGCUAUACAGUCCACCUCCAAUCUCCUCCAUCUCAUGCAAACAUCUUCUCCUUCCCAGACCCAACUGAUGAAGCUUCCAAAGAAUCUUCUGGCGAAAACGCCUACAAUUAAGAAUACUGGACAAUUGUUAGAGCAUAUGCCUCGGGUGAUUUCAUCCCUGGAUGCACACAUGGAAAAGGGAUUGCAAAGUGUUCCUCAUCUACAAACUGUAAUCCAAUUACUCGCAAACAUGGAAAGCAGUCAGCUUAGUUCCCUCUCCCACGUGCAUCGUCCUCGUCCUCGAGAGGAGCAUAUUGCAAAAAAUCAUCCUUCUAAACUGGAGUAGGAAAAUCAUCGAUUUUUGGCAUACGUUUUGCCAAAAAUCUGAAUUUGUUAGUGACUGAGAGUCAUGGCAAAUAUUGGCAAUCAAUGUUGUAAAAGUAUUGUAUUGGCCUUUCAUAGUGUGAUGAAGUCACAUGCCAUCUCAUUGUACAUAAACUAGUGAUUGUAACUCAAAUGAUGUUCCAUAUUGUUGAUGAGUAGUUUUAAUUUCAACUAUUGUAGUAGUGAUGAAUCUGCAAUGAUAAGUGCAUAAUUCGAAUGUAGGUUCGAAGAAGGAAAGCUUCAAGCUGUAAUAUUAUUUCAUUGCAUAUC